ACACUCAUCCCUGGGAAUUUAUCUGGACAGGGUUUUAGUUCGCGUGCAGUUUAUUGUAAACAGCUUUACAGUUUAAAAGUGUUAAAUAAGGCAGGAGUAGAGUUUCCUGUUGGUCAGUAAAUAGUUUUAUUGUGAGUUUUGGGAGCGGGGAAAUUUGAAAGUGUUCAGUCCGCUCUUCUCUGCUGAUGUGUGACCGGCAUGUCGCGGAGAAAGCAGGCCAAGCCGCAGUGUGUCCACAUGGAUCCUCCUCUACACCUGGAUAAUGCAGACUUCCACCUAAACAGUAGCGUCUCUCUGCCCUGUGACGUCCACGUGUGUGAGAAUUGCUGCGCUGAGUUUUUCAGCGUCUCAGAUCUCCACGAGCAUCAGAUGAACUGCUCUCAGGAUCCGCUAGUUCUGAUAGUGAGUGAAGAUGGAAGUACGACCUCUCCAUCUUCAUCUUUCACAUUUAAUUCACCUACUCACAGUACAGACGACCAGACAAACAGCACCGCUACAGACGAUACUGAAGGAUUAUAUGACAAAAUACUUGAGGAAAACAGAAAAUCAUCACCUGUGUCUGACUCCAACAGUGACGACGUCAGUCAUUUCCAAUCAGAUAUUGAGAACAAUGUAGAAAAUCAGACUGCAUGUACUUCCACCCUAACUUCAGCAUACUCCACAGUUCUGCCUCAACCAGACUCUUUACCUGAACCAGGUACGUCGUCCUCCACCAGCAGCAACGUCGUCAUUGAGAAUUUAGGAAGUACAAGGGUGGCUGUGGCUCAGUUCCCUCAGGAUGUGCGUUUGAAUGCAGUGAUUAACAGCACCGGUCUGACCAACUGCAACAUGACCAUCACAAGUCUGAUCGAGCGACUGAUCACUGUGCAGCAGCAGCAGGUGCUGCAGCUGAAGCUCAUUGAGCAAAUUCGACAGCACAUAUUACUGUUAUCUGCCCAUAAUACGGACACAUCCGCACCCUCCAGCACCUGCCGAGGUACAUCAGAGAUUUCUCAGACCGGCCUUCUGAUAACACUUAGCUCACACCUCUCCCAGCAGCUAGCGGAAGCUGCAGGGCUCGCACAGAGCCUGGUGAGUCAGUCUGCUGGCAUUACCAAAGUCAGACAACAGCAUGCCGUAUUAUCCAGCGGUCAGGAUAGCACAGUGCUCUUUAGAGUCAGAGAUCUGGCAGAUACAGAUAAAAGCAAACUUGGCAUAUAUCCAUCUGAAAAACAAUCUGACCAUGACCAUGAUACAUUUCCUACACAGCUGAGUGGCACAAGUCAGUCACCGUCCCCUGUUCCAGCUGACAGCACACCAAAUUUAACGAAUAAUCUCAAUCUACCUCAUAGUCCUAAUGGAAACAACUUCUUUAAAAGCUCUUUGCCAAGCAUUGGGGCAAUUGUAGAGGACUUGAAUGCCUUGACUGCUUUAGCUCAGCAAAGGAAGGGCAAAUUGCCCAGUAUGACUUCAUUUGGACACAAAAGGCCUUUUGAUGAAGGUUUGUUUAAACACAAAUGCAGAUUUUGUGCCAAGGUAUUUGGAAGUGACAGUGCUUUACAGAUACACUUACGAUCCCACACGGGAGAAAGACCAUACAAAUGCAACAUAUGUGGGAAUCGCUUUUCAACACGAGGAAACCUUAAAGUUCACUUUCAGCGCCAUAAAGACAAAUACCCAAACAUUCAAAUGAAUCCUUAUCCGGUUCCAGAGCACUUAGACAACGUUCCAACAAGUACCGGCAUCCCAUAUGGUAUGUCCGUGCUGCCAGAUAAGCCUGCCUCCAAGUGGUUAGACAGCAAGCCAUCUGUGACCAGCCUACCUGGUUUGUUGUUAACUUCAUCUUUGCCAAGUCUUCCAAGCAUAAUUAAAAGAGAAGCACAAGUGGUACCAGUUGGCAGAGCUGCUAGUCCUGGCGUUAUUGGUUUAAAUGGGUUUGAAAUGUUUGAAAACAGAAAUAAAGAGGAAUCUGUCAAUGAUCGUUUUCCAGCAGUAAAUGGGAAAUAUAAAGAACUUAAAUACCUGAGCACUCAAACAUAUCUAGACUCCUCUGGAAACGGUUCAGAAGAUCACACCAGUCGAGACAAUGCUUCUAACCUUACAAAUUCAUCAACCCCAAUCCUGCAUGAGGACAUCAAACCAGCACUUUUUGGGGGUCUACCAGAUUGUAUGGACACUUCAGAAACCACCAAGCUGCAGCGAUUGGUCGAGAACAUAGACAAGAAAAACCCAGACCCCAACGAGUGUAUGAUCUGUCAUCGUGUCCUUAGUUGCCAGAGCGCCCUCAAAAUGCACUACCGCACACACACAGGCGAGAGACCGUUCAAGUGCAAGAUCUGUGGACGAGCUUUCACGACCAAAGGCAACCUCAAAACGCACUAUAGCAUCCACUGUGAUGUGCCACCUGUGAGAGUGCAGCAUUCGUGCCCCAUCUGCCAAGAGAAGUACACCAACGCCAUGGCUUUACAGCAGCACAUACGCAUGCACAUGGUGAAACAAAUCAGCAGUGUUACCCUCCCAGAACGUGACCAACAAUCACUGGAACAUCCUGAUACAUGCUCAGUAGAGGAGAAGAACCUGGAUGAGAACCUUUCAGAUGAGUACAUGGACAUAACAGAGGGUUUUUCCACCUCUCAAGAUGCAGCAUCUUCCCAGGACAGUUUAUGUUCAUUUCCUACAUCAUCAUACACUGAAGCAGAGAAAAUAACACCAGACAAUAAUAAUAAGUAUUUACUAAAUGGCAAGGUAGAGAACGUGUCAAUAGAUGAAGAUUUUUUAUCUUUCAAGUCAUGUUUCGGUAACGAGCACGCUAGCCAACGAUCCAAGAGCCCUGUUUGUCCUGAAAAUUCAUAUUCCUGGGACUCUUUUCCUAAAAAUAGCUCAAAGGACAGUAACAGAUUCUCAGCUUUUGAGAUUCACCAGAAAUCAUCAGAUGCGGAGCUGAGAAGUCUCUUACAGCCAGAUUUGACAUUUAACUCAACACCUGCUGAUCUGCUAAAAGGAGGAAUGACCAUUAAGUAUAGUCCAGGUGAACAGGGAAACUCUAAGAACAAUGCAUGUGAUGUCUGCAACAAGACGUUUGCCUGUCAGAGUGCCUUGGAUAUUCACUAUCGCAGUCAUACCAAAGAGCGACCGUUCCUAUGCACCGUGUGUUACAAGGGGUUUUCCACCAAAGGGAACCUGAAGCAGCACAUGCUCACACACCAGCUGAGAGAUCUACCUUUACAGUUAUCAGAACAAGCCAGAGAGAAUUUUGUUUCUUCACCGAAUCCCUCUCUGGGCCACUUAGUUUACUCAAAAAUAAAGAUGGAGGUCAACAGCAUCUUAAAUAAAGAUGGCAGAGAUGCUGUAGUAGGGAUGAUGAACUCCUCAGCUCCUUCACUGACGGCUCUAUCAGCACCACCGGCUCCAUCCCGGAAAACCUUCAAGCAGCAUUUCUGCCGCACGUGUGGGAAAACCUUCUCUUCCUCCAGUGCUCUGCAAAUUCACGAGAGGACCCACACUGGAGAGAAGCCUUUUGCCUGCACUGUAUGUGGACGUGCAUUCACCACCAAAGGAAAUCUGAAGGUUCAUAUGGGAACUCACAUGUGGAACGGUUCUCCAGCCCGCCGAGGUCGCAGGCUCUCUGUAGAAGGCCCUUUUACUGUUCUCAAAUCCAAUCCUGUGAAAUUUACAGACACGCUGCCAAAAGAAGCGGUCAGUACCAGCGAGUGUGUUGGGUUCUGGAAUCAGUACGUCACAGCACCUCUCAGUACCGGCUUAGCGCUGAAAACCAACGAGAUCUCUGUGAUUCAGAACGGAAGUAUACCACAGGCGUCCCUUUCUGAUGGACGUGGAGGAAACUCACCUGUUGGUGGACUCACAGCCAGUCUAGACAAAACCAUGAAAAGAGAUAUGGCUUGGACCGAGAGGACUGGAGAGAAUGGGCCGUGUGUUCACAUGACACCCUUUAUCGAGGAGAGUAGUACAGAUUAAUAUGACUUAAAUCUUUCUUCUGACAAUAAAACAUUAGUUACCUGACUACAGUUUAUUCUGUCAUGAAUACACAUUAUGCAUUUUCAGAUUGUUUAAGGAUUUACUCUGGUGUGAUUUUUGCUUUUCUCUUCUAUUUGUUAAUGUUUUAAACUUGGACACAGAUUUUGUCGAUAUUUUGUCGUUAUAUACUCAGACACUUUCACAUCCAUCAGCUGUGGGGUUUUUAGAGUAGAUUUUAUACAUUUUAAUCAUUUUAUAAAUGAAUUACUCUUAGUAAUAUUCAUUAUUUUUUAUGGAUAUUAUUUAUUAUAAUUGAGAUACUUAUUUAGAGGUUGGUAUUGAUAUUUAGAGUUUUAUGAAGUAGGCUCUAUCAGUGUUUAACAAUUAUUCAGAGGGCUUCUUCUUUUUCUUCUUCUUCUUCCUCUUCUUCUUCUUAUUAUUAAGUACUAAAAGUAUUAAUUGUGUUCAUAUUUUUUACAUAUUUGAUCCACAAAUUAUUACACAAUAAUUUACAUUUUCUUUUGUAUUUACUGUGAAUAAAAUUUGAUACAUUUGGUGCUACAGCAGGUUUUUGCAGAUUGUGUGUGUGUGUGUGUGUGUGUGUGAUAUUUAAUAUUAUUGUACUAUGUCAGAAUGUAUGAACUGGUUAAUGGAGUUUGUAUGUAAUAUAUCUGAUCAUUAGGAGUUUUUGUUUUUCUUCAUGUUACCCCAAACGUUCUGUCUGUUUCUGUACAAGUCCGUGUUUGUUAUAUGCCUUUACUAAGAAUAACACUUAACAGCUUUAACAUAAUACUGCCAGUGUUUCCACCUGCACAACAAAAGUCAUGCCCUUUCACUUAUGCUAUAAAUCUGGGUCACUUUGUGCUAUAAUUUACAUUUCAAUAA